AUGCACGCCCACCGCUUGCCGAACCUCCUCCUGCACGCCUGGUGCGCCCUGCUCCAGGCGGGCGCCGCGACCGUGGCCCCCAUACAGCUCCACACGCGGGGGCUGCCCUCGUCGCCGUCUCCGCUUGCUUAUAUGCUGAGUCUGUAUCGCGACCCGCUGCCUCGAGCAGACAUCAUCCGCAGCCUGCAAGCUCAAGAUGUGGAAGUGGAUGGGCAGAACUGGACCUUUUCUUUUGACUUCUCCUUCCUGAGCCAAGAAGAGGACCUGGCGUGGGCUGAGCUCCGCCUGCAGCUGUCCGGCUCUGGACACCUCGCCCCUGAUGUCCCGCUCUCCAUUGCCAUUUUCCACCAGCCAAAGCUGGCCGAGGAGCUGGAACCAGCUGGCUGCCUGGAGCGUCUUCAGAUGGACUUGUUUACUGUCACUCUGUCCCAGGUCACCUUCUCCUCGGGCAGCAUGGUCCUGGAGGUGACCAGGCCGCUCUCCAAGUGGCUGAAGCACCCCAGGGAGCUAGAGGAACAGAUGUCAGGUAGAGCGGGAGAGUGCUGGCGACGGCCCCCCACGCCACCUGUCACCAGCGCACUCCUCAUGCUCUACUCCAACCUCUCUCCGGAGCAGAGGCGACUGGGGGGUUCCACCUUGCUGUGGGAGGCUGAGAGCUCCUGGCGGGUCCAGGAGGGGCAGCUCUCCCGGGAGAGGGACAGGAGGCACCGUCGACAUCACUUACCGGAGAGAAGCCAGCUAUGUCGGAAGGUCAAGUUCCAGGUGGACUUCAACCUGAUUGGAUGGGGCUCCUGGAUCAUCUACCCCAAGCAGUACAAUGCCUAUCGCUGCGAGGGCGAAUGUCCCAAUCCUGUGGGAGAGGAGUUUCAUCCCACCAACCACGCAUACAUCCAGAGUCUGCUGAAACGGUACCAGCCUCACCGAGUCCCUUCCACCUGCUGUGCUCCGGUGAAGACCAAGCCUUUGAGCAUGCUGUACGUGGACAAUGGCAGGGUCCUUCUGGACCAUCAUAAAGACAUGAUCGUGGAAGAAUGUGGAUGUCUUUGAGGACCUCCCGGAGGAGGCUGGAUAGGCCUGUAUGGAAAGUUGGGAAACUCCUGGAAGCUACAAUAACCAUCUCAUCCAAAGAGGAGAAAUCGAGUGGGCAAAGUUGCUCUGUCUACCAGAUCUGAGGAGGAAAGGCUGCCCACCCUACAAAUGAAGCCUCUGGAACCCAACUGAAUACAGAACCACUGUCGGGGAGGACAGAGGACACCAGGGACG